UCUGAUCAUUUUCUAAUUCAUCUCAUUCCGGCAUUUAUAUUCAACUUUUACGUCUCUCCAGGCUCAUCUGGCUCAACAGAAUCUGUGCCAAAUCGAGUUGGGCAGUCUACCUCUCGUCACAGCACUACAAGCCAGUGGCAUCGCAUUGGACGCACUGCUUCUACCACUGGGAGUAUUUUUAACAAUAGUCAGACCUCGGUAGUUAGCAGUUCCAACAUCGCUCUCUCAAAUACCUCUGCAGCAGCAACUGCUACUCUAAAAACUGCAACCAUCAAUUCCGGCUGCCAUGGCUUGUCCUCCGCUUCCUUAUCAACUUCUGCUCUGUCUGGACCAGUCGAUACCUGUGUACCUCGUUACCUCAAGGGGCCGAUGACAACAGGCCAGAACGGUUCUGCUUUUCUAGAUUCAUCUCCGGCUAUAGUCACUGCCAAUACUUUCAUCUCGACAAGUACAGGAGGUGCCUUUGGCCCCGGUUUCGGUUUCGGACCUGGUCUAGGAUCUUGCGAAGUAUCUGCACUAUCCGGCUUUCCGUUGGCUGACAUUGGCGGAGAGGCUUCUCUCAAUACUGCUAGAAGUAGUGGCCGCGGAAGCAGCUGCACUACUCAUAGUCUGGUCAGUAAUAGUCUUCCAUCUGCUAUUUAUGCUCUGCCUCCGCCUGGAAACAUUUUACAGCAACAGCAGCAUUAUCCACGACAUGACCUGAUUUCAAUGGACUGUGGCGUUUCUGCCAGCGUCAUUCAAGCUCCUGCUUUGGGUUGCCGUAACAGAGCGAGUGAAAGCGGUCUUGGUCAGUCUGGUGUCGGUGGUUCAAAUCAAUCAGGACAUAUGGGCACAUUUAAAUCGGCGAUUACAGCACGUCGUACCAGCAGUGGGGGCGCUAUAUUGUAUGCUGGCCAGCCGCAAUCUCAAUAUAUGUUUGACUCUGGACCUCGACGAACUCCUCCACUUGCUAUUUCUGGCAAAUUGGCGGACGCAGUAACCAAUGGCCAAGUGAACCGACUUGCCUGUUCAGGCCCACUUUUCGACCCUUCUGCGGCCCUUAGCACCUCAUCAGCCAUCACCAGCCCUGUCUCCACCUUGAAAACGUCAGCAACAAGCCCAUCCGUCAGUUUGGCGAACUCAAUGACGGUUUCGUCGGAAGUGACUGUGAUGUCGAUAGGUGUAUCGCGA